AUGAAGCAGUCCGACGUGCUCGUUCGGUUUCAGAGCCAGGGUGUCACCAGGAACAUGAUUGCCCACGUAGCCGCCCUUUCUUCUGCUGUGGCAUACAGUGAUGCGACCGACCCUGAUGCGACUGAUUCUGCAUGCCCGAAGGACCUGGAUCCUCCCUCGCUGGAAGCCUUCAUCACGCAGCUUGUGAUACGCCUUCAACUUACGCCUUUGGAACUUAUGGCAUCGCGGGUCUAUCUUGGCCUCUUUAUCGAUAAACUGUCCGAAAACGGCAUAGGAAGACGUGGCCGGAGGUGCACAAAUCAUCGCGUUGUCUUGAGUUGUCUGAUGGUUGCCAACAAGUGCCAACGGGAUCGCGCGUUCAAUAAUCAAGUCUGGACUACUGAAAGUCGAAUUUUCGAAAGAGAUCGACAGAUAUUAGGGUUUCAGAAGCACGAAGUAAACUGGAUCGAAAAAAACCUGCUGGGCCUUCUGGAUUGGAAGGUCAACAUUGAGCCAGCGAGACUAACAGAAGAAGUCCAAUAUUACUUAGCAACAAGCGACUUUUUACAGAUGAAAUGA